UAAAAGGUUAUUCAAAGGAAAAAGAACAUUGAAUCUCGACUGCCUUCGUCUCUGUUUCUUGGCGAAAUCACACAAGGCAUAUUCUUUACGUUUCCAACAGCCGUGAUCGAUUUAUCGAGCUCAUUUACAUCGGAAGUUAUAUCAAAAGGGUUCUUGAUCUUCCCUUUUACCUUACUUUUAUACCCUUUUCAGUUUUAGGUCCUGUGGUAGUUACAAGAACUCGCAGUUGGUAACCGAUACAUUUGUAGCUCGAUAAUGGGAAAUAAUUGGAUGUUUUUCGUCGAACCAUAUGGGAAUGCAGGUGGGAUUUUCCCCAUUGAUCCCAUUCUGCCUCACAAUUUGGGGGCUCAUUGGAUCUCCCACAUUGCGUCGCUGGUUGACAACUCGAGGCAUCUUUUGGUGCCCGGGAGCAUGCCGCUCCAAGAGGCUUUCAGCUGUAUGUCGAAGUUUGCUGGUGCUCUAGUGAUAUGGUGUGCCCGUGGAUCCAAUGUCAACAUCAGAAGAAAGUUGCCUGGUGAUCGUCAUCUUGGCUAUCUCUCCACCGCUUCAACGCAAGUGAGGCACAUCUCCUCCACGAGACGUGAUCUGACAGGGGUGUUUAAUAAGAUAUCAAGCUUCGCUUUAAAGCAACUGUCUAAAGAGGCUCAAUGGCUACAAACUUUUCCCAUGUUAUCGCUGGCGGCUGCAUUGGUGCCGCCAUUGACUAAUGUCUCGACGAAUAUGCUUGCAAUGCCAUUGGAGUCCGGUUCUAUGGAAGCAAAGAGAAUCACUGAGCAGAAACAUUGUGCGACUGAAAAUCGAGGAUGUGGACCUUGUAGUGAUCUUUAUUUGCAGAGACUGGCUUGGGCUAAGACGACUGAGGCCAUAACUGGCGUGGAGUUUCCAACCAUGUUGGACAAUAGUACAUCGGGGGAGAGCAAUUCCGGUUUUACUCCUGAGAUCCUUGUAGGAACUGGAUCUAGAACUAUGACCGUUAUAAGAAUAAAAUCUCUCAAAGUCUAUGCAUUUGGCUUUUAUGUUCAUCCAUUUGACGUUUGUGAGAAAUUGGGUCCAAAGUAUGCUUGCAUUCCGGAGCAUGAGUUGAACAAGUGCCAAGAUUUUUAUCGGGAUCUUCUAAGGUCGGAUAUCAACAUGACGGUUAGGCUUGUGGUUAACUACAACGGGAUCAAAAUCAAUACCGUGAAAGAUGUUUUUGAAAAGUCUCUCCGAGCCCGAUUAGCUAAGAUGAAUCCAGAAGCUGAUUUUAGCUGCCUACAAGAAUUUGGUUCCAUAUUCACGCAGGAUAUUCCACUACGCAUCGGCACAACGAUCAAUUUCCGGAGAACAGCUGACGGUCAUCUCGUUACUGAAGUUGAAGGGAAUAACAUUGGAGCAGUCCAGAGCAAAGAUCUUUGCAGGGCCUUUUUUGACAUGUAUAUCGGUGAAAUCCCUAUUUGUGAGCAAACCAAAGAAGAAAUCGGGAAAAAUGUAGCGAGUAUCAUCAGGACAUGCUGAGCUAGUUGGAGCUAUCCCUUAUACCGGCUCCUAUACACACGGGAGCUCAUAUCUUGUCGUAGUUGUGGUAGAAGUAUACGAGCUAGACAUGCUAUAGAAUAUAGCGCGAACCCUUCAUAUUAUAUGGGUUUUUUAGGGGGGGAAAGGAUUGAAAAUUUAGCCUUAGUUUGAUGAUUCUUUGUAGCAAGAGCAGAGCAAGGGAUUUGCAGUUCCUGCUAAAUUCAAAUGUAGAUUUAAUUUCUGGCUGUUUCUUGAUUGGAGAAAAAUGAAUGUUUAUGGUUACUUGUAUACAUAGAAAAGAAAAAAUUUGCUACUGUAUUUUUAAAGUAAGUGUUACACUUUUGAUGGAAGGA